ACGCACUUUCAAGACAUUCAGGCCAGUUUGUUGCGUACAUUAAGGCUUCUAGUGGUUGCUUUAAGUACUACCCAUUAACGUACUUUUCAACCUCUAACAUUUGUAAAGACCAAACAUGACAGAACUGAUAUUUGAUUAGUUUAUAUAUCAGAAAUAGAAAUGUUAAAUGGAAUAGUUUAAGUAAUGUCCCAAGUAAAUACUAAACUCACAGAACAGGAAGAUAUUCCCCGCCUUGAAGAAACAACAAGCAGGAAUACUCAAUCUUCUUCAGAGUCUUCAGAUGACGAUAACGAGGGUAUCCAAACUGCAGCAAUGGAAACCAGUUUACGAAGCAUAAUUAGAGCUCUGACAGGAGGAGCCAGCACUAUUUCUUUUGCAGCAAGCGACGACGAUGAUAGAAACGUUUUGAGUAUAUCUGACGAGACGGACGAUUCUGAUUCGGCAGGUUCUGGGGAGCUUCCCUACUCGUACAGACCAGUCCCAACCAUGCAUCCUUCUAGUAUAGAUACGUCCUAUAUAGUGCAGAAUGAGAUUAGUGUCACCAGUUGCUUUUCAGAGCAACCGCUAAAAGACUGUAAUAUUCACAAGUUCCUACAAGAUCGAGCUCUUGGGAUUCGUAAACCACAGAGUGUAAAAAGACUGAAUUCUACGCUUCUUCCUGAUACAGAGACUAAAGUUGCCGCUUUUAAGAAUAAAGUUUUCUGUGGAGUUCAUGGAAGAGAAGGGGAUAUAUUUCUUAGUGCAUGCCAGGACAAACAACUUAGAGUGUUUGAUACAAGCCGAGGAAAUUUUAAGCUUUUGCAAACAAUUCCGGCCCGUGAUGUAGGGUGGAGUAUUCUAGAUGUCGCACUGAACCCAACAGGAACUCAUCUUGUUUACUCUUCAUGGAACGAUUAUCUUUAUCAGGUUCACAUCCUUGGUGAUAACUAUUCUGAGGAUGGAUAUUCUGUUGAACAGAUUCCUCUGUGUUUAGAUCCACCUACACACAAUCAGUUCUGUAUAUUCUCUGUGAGAUUCAGCCAAGAUUCAUCAGAACUGUUGGGAGGAGCUAACGAUGGAUGUCUUUACUUGUAUGACAGAGAGUCACAUUCGCAGAGAAUGACUAUACAAGCGCAUGAUAGUGAUGUGAACGCAGUUUGUUUUGUUGAUGAAACUACGCAGAUUCUAGCUUCAGGAGGUGAUGACGGACUUUGCAGGGUUUGGGAUCGGAGAUCUUUACGAGAAUCCAAUCCUCAGCCAGUUGGUACUCUUGCUGGUCACAGGGACGGUAUAGCUUAUGUUGAUCCUAGAGGAGAUGGUAGAUAUAUAAUUACAAACAGCAAAGAUCAGAGUAUUAAACUGUGGGAUAUCAGGAAGUUCUCUAGAGAAUCUGAUGUGGAGGAGGGAAGACGAGCUGUCAGUAAGAACAUGCAGUGGGAUUAUAGAUGGGAGAGACCAAAGGGUGGGUUAGCCAGGCUUAAAGGAGAUUCCAGUAUUAUGAGUUAUACUGGACACUCAGUUCUUCAAACCCUGAUACGCUGUCAUUUCUCCCCAGAGCACAGUACAGGACAGCGGUAUAUCUAUACUGGAUGUGCUUCUGGUAGAGUUGUGAUUUAUGAUGUUUUAACAGGAGAGAUAGUUCAGACCUUGUCUGGGCACCGUGCAUGUGUCCGUGAUGUGUCCUGGCAUCCCUACUACCCAGAGAUCCUGUCCUCCUCCUGGGACUUCUCCAUAAAUAAAUGGGAACACGCCGGAGUAGCCAAGGAGGAAGUAGAGGAACUCAGUAAACUCAAAGAACCACCGCCGAAGAAGAAGCGGAAGAAAAUUUGCCGGAUUUCCGGUUUAGGCCGAGAACAGCUGCUUGAUCUAUUCACGGACUAAACACGUUCUAAAUAUAAUCCAGAUAUCUGGUGUUUAAAGUAAUAUAUUGAUAUUUCAGGAAUUUGUAUUUCCAAAAUUCUCCACUAUAUUAUCAAAAAAAGAAAUAAUGCCCCCUCCCCCCUCCCCCAAACUUUUUAAUAUAGUUUUACACACAUCCUGUCAUCACUGGAAUAGAAAAUUAUAGAAAUCUUUAUAUAUUAGAAUUGACCUGCCCCCCCCCCCCCUCUUUU